GUGGAGCGUACAGCACACUCCUUCCAUUCUUUAUUGUAGCUCUCACUGUGUGUUUAUGCGUGUUUGCACGCAUGAGUGUUAGUGGUACAAUAGGACAGCACGCCACGAAUGUUGUUUAUGUUUUUGCCAGAGAGGGAGAUAAACGGAAAUAGAUACACCGGGGAGUGGAGAGAGAGAAGCGGAGCGGUGUCUCUUGACUGUUUUCAUUUUUCUCUGAUGACUACUGUGACGUGCGGAGGACAGGAAACACAGAUCAGCUGUCACACACACACACACACUGAAGAGGGAAGUACUUCACAUUCUCUGGACACACACACGCACACUCGGUCAGCUGCACCUGUUGAGCUCGAUCCACUCCACACCGAGCAGAAGUCAUGGAUGUACCCGGAGCAGCUUUGUAAGCGUGUGUCUGCGUUUGUCCUCGGAAGAAGCGCAGAUUUCUUACAGAGAUGUCAUCGCUCUAUUCACGCAGCAAGGAUCUCUCGUCCCGACCCAGAAAGUCUCUGUCGGACUCGCCACCCUCGUCUCCCACCACCAAAACAUUCAGACAAGAUCGGGUGUCAAGGUCAGACUCCAGUGGCAUUGAUGCCCCGUCAGACAGACUGACGUCUCGUACAUACACACGCCGUGAGAACAGACUCGCCUCCUUGAGCAAAACUGAAGAUGACUCUGCAAACAAAGACUAUAAGAAGAUGUAUGAGGAAGCACUGUCUGAGAAUGAGAAGCUAAAGUCUCGUCUGGCGGACAGCAAGCAGGAGCUCUCCAAAAUCCACUCGCAGCUGGAUAGAGUCACGCAGAAGCAGGACAGAAUAUCAGAGAGAUCUACUGUACUUGAAUCUGAGAAAAGGGAAAAGGAAGCAUUGGAGAAGAGGGUCUCAGGCAUGGAAGAAGAAUUGAAGACCCUUCCUGCUCUGACUCGGCUACAGGCUCUCCGCAGGAGGAACGAGCACCUCAUAAUGGAGAACAAAGCCAUGCUCCGCACCCUCGCCCGCUUCUCUCUGACGUCCUCUCUCCCUGAGACGGAGGAUCUCUAGUCCUCCUCUCCCUUUCUUCUUUCCUCUCAUUUUUGUUACACCCUACUGUCCUCUUCCUGCACCCUAUGCUGCGCACCUCCCAGGCAGGUUUCUUUUAUUUAUGUUUGUUCUUAAUUGUCUUACAUUAAAGACAUUUUCGCUUGUUCCUACUUCAUUUCUAUGUUUCUCACAUGGGUCUGGCGAGGGGCUCACAUUCCUCUUGCAGGCGCUUUGAAGAUAUUUAAAGCUCUUCCAUGACCAAACAUCUCUUGUAUACCAGAGCAAUAUCUAAAUCAAAUCACCAACACAGAGAUCUGCUGACUGCUUUUAGACUAUUUUAAGAACUAUAACUCAUUGCCGUUUGACAUGCACAGUAUGCCUUCACAUGGUUUUGUGUCCUCUGGACAGCUACUGACAGAGACAGGAAAAUAGUUUAAGUACUACUAGUUUAGUAGUACUUUUAAUGCAUUUUUAUGAAGAAAUUAAGCCUUACUCUCUUAAAUCUACCCCCUUUUUCCAUUUACAGCUAAUACAACCAAAAAUGAGUUAUUCUUCCUUUACAUAGUCGGUGGGAAAUAACUAGGAUGAAUUGUUAGUUUACAGUGACCGAUAACGUUUUACUUUCUUUUAAUUAAAGAACAAAAUGGUUAGAUGAAAUGACGAUUCUUCUUAUAAUAACAAUACAUUUUUCGUACAAUAAAUCAGGUUGUUUUCAAUAAAUCAAGUUGUUUUCAAUAAAUCAUGUCUCGAGAGCCGUUGCUUGUGGAGCUCAACAAUCCUGACACGUUCAAAGACAGAAAGCAUUUUUGCCUCUGCCUUCAGGAGAUCACUACAGUGUGACUGCCUGAAGAACAAUGACAUGAAAGCCAUAUUUUUGUGCAGCUUUUAACUUUUUACUUAAACUUGUAGACUGUUAACUGUCACCCGUUCCGUAUACGGGACACCUAAGUUUGCGUCAAUAUUGUGCAUUUCUAAUCAAAUCAUGACAAACUAUAUAUCAUUGGAAAGGUCUAAGACUCUAGAAUACAGAUUUCUUUGAUGUUUUUUAAAUAAUUUAUAUAGGGAGAGUAAUUGAUUCUUUUUUAUAAAGAUUGUGCUUACAUUUUUUGUUAUCCUUUUGCGACCCGUAUUUUUAAAUGGAUUUUUUAAUCAAAAAAACUUUUUUUUAAUAUUUAACAAUAAACCUAACAACAUGCCUUAAAAAAUAAAUUGUGUAUGUGUGUGAUUUUCUUUUUAUUAGCAAUAAUCAGCUACUUUUCUUAUUUCAAACGAGACCAACCGUAAGUCUGUAUUCCAAAGAAUUCAUGAGUUAUCGCCAUUAUAGUUGUUGAGUCGUUGUAUAGUUUUGAGCCUACACAUGAAAACAUGUGUUUUCAUGUGUAGGCUCAAAAAGGGCUCCGACAGUUAACAGUUAUUCAGCUGAUGACGUUUGAGUUUAAAUGAGGUCUUCAAUAAAUUGCGUACUCUCUGUUUUUCUCUCUUGCUCCUAUUUCUUGUUUUGGCAUUUUGAUUCAGUACUUAUAACCUGGUAACGAUUCACCAGCGAGAAAUGCAAAUACUUUCCUGCCGUUUCCCACGGUCUUUAGAUUUUGUUCAGGAGCGUGUUAUAGCUUUUCUAAUAUAUCUAAUAGUUCUCAAUCUAUAGAUUUUCUAUUACGUAAGCAAAAGUGCCGCCGAAGAGAACGGGAUCCUCCUCUAUCUAUAGAAAUAUGACGCAAUCACAUCUCAGCUCAGGAGCAAAUAACCCUCCUCCAUCCCCAGCUCCACUUCACAUUUACAAUCAGGACUCGACUUCGGUUAUUCCUUGUCAUAAGUCUCAACUUUCAACCUGGUCUCAUAGGAAUUACAUACCUCUGUACACUUUUGGCAGCGCUACAAAAUACGUAUCAUCAAGUACAUAUCACAAUUUCCAUUAACAGUUACGUUAGUAGCACCAUAUUAUAUUAUACUGGGGUGUAAUGAUUUUGAAUUUAAUCAGAUUUUUUAUUUUACUCAUAUUUUGAGUACAUGUCUUAUUUCGUACGCACAAUGUAGAAGUAUUUGAACACGUAAUCCGUCCCCACCCCUAAACCUAACAGUAAGGUAUAUAUUAAACACAUCACGUAAGAGGAAGAUACGGCUACACAUGCUGUUUAUUUAAAAAGUGCAUUUAUCCCAAGCGUUCCGAGGCAAGAGAACAGCCCCGAAAGCGAUCCCCUUUUCCUUCCGCCAUAAUAACUCUGAUCCAGAACGGCUGCGCUGCUUGCAUACAGUGACAGAAUUCGAACAUUGCUACCAGUGUGUGAACUGUUACGACAAGGAAAUGGCAUUGGCUGUCGUAUUGUGACUGGUUGCUUCAUUACGCUAGUUUAUCUCAUGAAACGGUAUUGGCUGUUCUGCUCUGAUUACGUCACACGCUAAACUUGAGCGUACAAGUUAAUAAAACACAACUGGACGUAUUCCUGGAGCAUGAUCGUCGGCGAUUGAAACCUGCUGUGGUCACACAACAAUAACGUACGGCUUAAGAAGACUCGAAAGGCAACUCAAUCUGUUUGUAUUUAUAUUGCUUUUGGUCAGUGUUUGCUAUAAAUUCCCAUGUCUUGACCUUCUAUUUCCUUGAUGCGUGUUAAUGUGGUUGGGAAGUGGGUACUUUUAGGUUUAGGGUAGGUGUGUGUUUAGGUGCUCUAAAAAUUCUAUUAAAGUACAAAUAAUAUGUAUUUAUAAGUUUUUGAGCCAAAUCCUGAAACUGACACUCAUUCUCUAGCGGACUAAUACAGUUCUUCUCUUUAGCACCCCAGUAGACUUUUGUUUCUCAAAACUGUAGCAAUAUUUUUUGGUGCUGCAAAAACUGUACAGAAGUAUGUAUUUCCUAUGAGACCGGGUUGAAAAAUUUCCCUGUCUGCAAAUGGUCAAGUCCAACAGUCAUGAUUCAUGCCUCAAAGUCACAUAAGAUAUGUGACCAUUUUAAAACAGAAGAGGUAAUGGGACACUAAUUUAAACCCUAUUGAUGGAAAACCCCAGACUUGUCUACAGUGCUGAGAGCCUGUGUGUAUGUGUAUGAGUGUGUGCUAGUCAUGGUUUAGUGUGCUUAAAGGGAAUAAGCCAACAUAAGUUCUUUAUCUGAGGGCUGGAAAUAUGUGAUAUGAAGUCCUAAGUGGCUGGGUUUACUUUUUGUUGAAGUUUAUUAGAGCUGGUGAUAAUGUUUUAAUCACUGCUGUUUAAGAAAGAAUGACCGUCUGUCUUCGUUUCUAGCUUGUCUUUUCUAAUAACACACUGUGGGUGAUUUCAGUAUGACUGGCUGUUGGCACGGAAGUACACUGGCAUGUGAUUAUGGUAUUAUGUGAUUUGGUAGUGUUAUGAAGAUCCAGUGUUGCAUGUUAUGAUCUAAACAUCUUGACUAGUUGAUUUGUCCAGUUGUGUUUUAAAACUGUGAGUGUGAAUCGUCUUACUAUUGUCGGUCUACAUAAACACAAUCAUCUGGAACGCUCAAUUGCAGUUCACAAUAGCACUCCACUGAAAAUGAUUCCAAAACACUCAAGAAUUAAGGAGCUUCUAUAAAGGUUUUUUUGCAGUGAUGGCGUAGAUCAAUUUUUGUUACCCCAAAGAACCUUUCAGUUCAAAGUACGUAAAAUAUCCUUUUCUUUCUCACCUUUUUAUAGUUUGUGGAACUUUUUUCCACUACAAAGAACCUUUUAUGAAACAUAAAAGUUCUCUGGACAUUAAAGGGUCUUAAUGGAACCAUAUAGCCUGACAAAUAACAUUUAUUGAACAGUUUUCAAGAGUGUGCCCUGUUGAAAAAAAAACAGCAUAUGAUGGGUUAGGUGUAUAUUUUGAUGCUGGUUUGACCAGCUAAAACCAGCUAAGGACCAGCAUAUAACCAGCAUAAACCACCACAUGACCAGCUUAAACCAGCAUCAAAACAUACCAAACCAGCAUGUUUUUUUCAACAGGGUAGAGACUAACAUUAGCAUGUUGCUAAGCUAACAACUGAACACUGUAAAAUAGAAUAAUGCAUCGGUCAAAUAAUUAAUUCCCAGCGGACAAUGUGUUGUUCCCAACUUUUGGAUUCCAGAAUGUUAUUUUAUGGUUGCAAACAAUUAACCACCAGGGAACAUUCUGUACAGGUUCUUUUUAAGAGAGAGAACUUUUUUAAACUCGUUUUGCUUCCCCAAAAAUACUCAAAUGGGAACAAAAAAACCAAGGGAACAUUCUGUCUUCGCUGUGUUUUAAUAAAGUUAAACAUAUUUGAUACUUUGUGAAUUAAAUUAAAUAGGCAUAUAGUCAGCAUCUGUUGUCAUACUGCAUCUUUAAAGAUUUUGUUUAGCUAAGCUUGGCACAAUGCAUUAUGGGAUUCUCUUCUUUACAAAAGGUACAUCUGCUUGCUGUCUUAGAAUUUUGCCAAAAUGAGGUACCAGCUUACAGGACAAAAUAAUGUUGAUGGGUUGGAAUCAUGCUUGAUGUGUGAAAAUGUUGCCUGACUUGGCCACUUACUAGAUUUUGGAGACUAGAUGCUGUGUUUAUCUCACUGAGCAUGGCUUUAUUGCUGUUUAUAAAUUAUCAUAGUGAGUGAUGUCAGGGAGGUUUAGAUAUUUUAAUAGUGCAAAAUCAUACACAGUUAAAUUCUCUGUUAUUCCCUUUUGUG